AUGUCGUGGCAAGCAUACAUUGACUCAAGCCUUGUCGGCUCCGGUCACAUUGACAAGGGCGCCAUCAUCAGUGUUGCUGGCGACAGCGCCUGGGCUUCUUCUCCUGACCUUCAGCUCAAGCCCGAGGAGAUGAAGGCCAUCUCUGCCAUCGUUGGCGGUGACUCGGCUGCCAAGGACAAGGCUUUCGCUGAGGGUCUCUACAUUGCUGGCGAGCGUUACGUUAUGGCCCGAGCCGAGGACCGGAGUAUCUACGCCCGAUCGGGCCGCCUCGGUGUUGCUGUUGCGAAGACUGGCCAGGCCAUCGUCAUCGGCCACCACGGCGAGGCCCAGGUCGCUGGCAACGCCACCUCUACCGUCGAAGGUCUUGCCGACUACCUCAUCAAGUCAGGAUACUAG